CCCGUCAGUCUUUCAAACGGUGCCUGAGAGUUGCUGAGGCCAGAGCCAGCCAUCCAGGCUCUCCCGUUUGGAAAAAAUGAUGUCAGCUUUCAGAACAAGCUUUAAAAAAAAUCUAAUAAAGUUAGGGAGGUCAUUUGAAAUUGAACUUCCUCCAUUUGAGUUUUUUUUUCCGUUUUUUGCAUGAGGAUCUUUCAUUCCUCUGUUCUAAAAAACUACCAACAAAACUAAGCACAGGAGGUAUUGCAUAAGCACCACCAAGGCAUUUGCCUGAUCUGCAUUUCUCAGUGCAUGAGAUCAGCUCCAAAUAUCUGAUCUGAGAAAGCUGCCGGUGCACAACUGCUGUAACUGAUAGGAGUUACCUCUGUGACUCAUCUCAUAGGAUGGUUCAGUGGCAAAUAUGAACAUUUGUCAACAUUUGACAACUCCUUGGAACAUCAUGAAUUUGCUGGAUUCUGGACCACAGAGCACUUGCAAUAGCGCUUUCUAAAUUUGAAUUUAAUUUAAAUGAAAGAAAAAUAGUCCUCUGGAUCAACUGUAGCCAUGGCUAGCAAAAGGAAAUCCACAACUCCCUGCAUGAUACCAGUAAAAACACUGGUGCUUCAGGAGACUGAACAGGACCCUGGAGAAGAUGAUMGUGAAGGAACACAACAAGAGGCUCCUGCAGAAGGACCAGCAGCCAGUGAUGCUGGGGCCAGCAACAGCAAUAAUGGAGCUUUGUCCAACGGGCACCGCAGCAUUGCCGACGGUGACAUUUAUAUCUGCAAGCCUUGUGACUUCGGGUCUCAGGACCUUCACCAGUUCUUUGGGCACUUGGACACUGAGCAUUCAGACUUCAGCAAAGAUCCYGCGUUCGCGUGUGUCGGGUGUGGCUUCCUGGCCAACAGCCACGAAGGGCUCUCGCACCACAACGCGGAGUCGCACGCCGGCGAGACGAGCUUCGUCUGGAGGGUGGUGAAGCAGGACAGCCGUACGACCGUGGAGCAAAGUCUCUGUGAGGUCACCAGCAGCCAGGACCUGCCGGGAGAGGGCCCUGAAGAAGGGGCAGAUGGCCAGUCYGAAAUUAUCAUUACCAAAACCCCCAUCAUGAAGAUAAUGAAGGGUAARCAGGAGGCCAAAAAAAUCCACAUGCUGAAGGAGAAUGUGUCGAGUCAGUUGGGCGGUGAGUCAGAGGGGAAGGAUGGAGAGCAUUCGUUCCCAAAUGGGUCUGUGCCAGUCAGCCARCCCACUGCAAGUUCUACAAAGUCAUCCCACAUAGUGAAUGGCUCCAUCAUAGGAAACGUGCCCGUUCUGCAGGCGGGGGUGGCACAGCUUGUGUCGCUGCAGCAGCAGCCCCCGUUGCAUCAGCAGCUCCCCACGUCCAAGUCCCUUCCCAAGGUGAUGAUUCCACUGAGCAGCAUUCCCACGUACAAUGCCGCCAUGGACUCCAACAGCUUCCUGAAAAACUCUUUCAACAAGUUCCCCUACCCCACCAAAGCUGAGCUCUGCUACUUGACCGUGGUGACCAAGUACCCAGAAGAGCAGCUGAAGAUCUGGUUCACUGCGCAGAGGCUGAAGCAGGGCAUCAGCUGGUCGCCAGAGGAGAUCGAAGAUGCCAGGAAGAAGAUGUUCAACACAGUUAUUCAGUCCGUGCCACAACCCACUAUUACAGUGUUGAACACACCCCUCGUUGCAAAUCCUGGGACUGUUCCCCAUCUUAUCCAGGCAACUUUACCAGGCCAUGUGGUGGGGCAGCCGGAGGGGACGGGGGGGCUGCUGGUCACACAGCCCAUCAUGGCAAACGGGUUGAAGGGCACCAGCUCCUCYUUCACUUUGGCAGUGACUUCUGUCCCCAAGCCACAGCCGGCGGCACAGCACAGCACCGUGAGCUCCAGCAACACAACCGGGGUCAAGGUGGUCAACAGCGCCCAGUCGCUGCUCACUGCCUGCCCUGCCAUCUCCUCACAGACCUUCCUGGAUCCCAAUGUCUACAAAAACAAGAAGUCCCACGAGCAGCUCUCAGCCCUCAAAGGCAGCUUCUGCAGAAACCAGUUCCCUGGCCAGGCUGAAGUCGAGCGGCUGACAAAGAUCACAGGCUUGUCCACCAAGGAGAUCCGAAAAUGGUUCAGCGACAGGAGGUACCACUACAGGAAUGUGAGAGGCGGCCGGGCCGUCUUCCCUGGAGACAGCGCUCUUGAUUCCCUGCCCGAAAUCACCUUCGACGUCCCAGCCAGAGGAGCCGAGCUGAGCCCUGCGGCAGCGGCGGCCACGCCAGCCCCUCACCACCCAUCACGGCGGCAGUCGUGGCACCAGGCACCCGACUUCACCCCGACCAAAUACAAGGARCGAGCGCCCGAGCAGCUGAAGGCUCUGGAGAGCAGUUUUGCCCAAAAUCCCCUUCCUGCGGAGGAAGAGGUGAACCGCCUGAGGGGGGAAACGAAGAUGACACGGAGGGAGAUCGACAGCUGGUUCUCGGAGAGGAGAAAGAAGAAGGUGGCGGAGGAAAAUAAGAAAGUGGAGGAGGCGGCUCAACAGGAGGAGGAGGAGGCGGAGAAUGGCGGCAGGGAAGGGGAAGACUCCUCGGACGAGCAGAGGGCCACGAGUGAAAACGGCUCAGUYGACGCCUCCGGCAACAACCCGAACUCAGCGGAGCGGAAGGUGAGUCCCAUCAAAAUCAACCUGAAAAACCUGCGAGUGACCGAGUCCAACGGCAAAAACGAGGUACCGGGGACCGGCGCAAUUGAGAAGGGGGACGGCAGCUCCAGCCGGCCGCCCUCCCCUCCCAAAACCAAACUGAACUUCAAAAAAACGGCCGAGCAGCGGCAUCUGCUGAAGCAAAUGUUCGUGCAGACCCAGCGCCCCACGAACCAGGAGUAUGACGCCAUCGUGUCCCAGACGGGCCUGCCGCGGGCCGAGGUCAUUCGCUGGUUCGGGGACAGCCGCUAUGGCUACAAGAACGGGCAGCUGAAGUGGUAUGAGAACUACCGGCGAGGGGUGUUCCCCCCGGGGCUGGUGGAGGUCAGCCCCGCCGGCCGGGAGGUGCUUGAGGACUACUACGAGARGCACAAGGGGCUGCGGGAGGAGGACGUGCCCGGCCUGUGCGAGCGCGCCCGCCUGGGCGCCCAGCAGCUCAAGGUGUGGUUUGCGGUGAAGGCGGAGGAGGAGGGCAGGGGCUCCGGCCCCGAGGCGGCCGGCAGCCGGAAAGGGCCGUGCGAAGCCGGCGCGGAGGCGUCGGAGAGCAGCGAGGCGUGGGAGCCGGGCGGCCGGGAGGGCAGCGCCGGGACCCCCGACGCCCCCGGCCCACCGCCCGCCACACGGCUGGAAACAGACUGAACUCAAACCACCAGCCCCGGAGGAUCCGCUCUUACCCUUGAGAAGAAAUUAGUGAUC